CUGGGUGUUUUCCCGACUGAUAGUAACAAGAAAGAUAACGCAGAAAGUUCCAAGAACACUAAUAUGAGAAAUUUUGAACAAGAAGAAAGCACUUGCCGCUUGGUUGAUACUGUAGAAAAUACAUACUCGAACCCGACUGUCACUUUUGGUAGACAGGAAGGAAUGAUCCCUGCAAAAUCAUCCAAGGCGAAGGUUCAGGAAAUCGUUGAUGACGAUGAUGAGUGUGUCAUUUUGGAAGUAGAGCCUCCUGCUCCUACUGUUGUAAAACCUCCUGUACAAAACAUAGUCAUUGAUGAUGAUGAGUGUAUGGUUCUUUCCGGAGACGCAGAUACUAGUAAAUCUAGAGAGAAAACAUUUAAAUGUACAGCCUGUAGUUUGCUUUUCGUUACUCAAAGGGGUUUGAAAGUACAUUUCAAUAGUUCUCAUAGAAGUGAUGUUAGCUUAGCUGAUCAGUUAUGUCCACAGGACUUUGGUAUUCCACUUAAUGAUUCUAUAUCCUAUGUCUGCAGGACGUGUUGUGUUGCUUUCGAGUGUGGUUUUCGUUAUUCCCUUCACAUUCAACAACAUUUGUCUCGCUCAGGAUUUUUCCAAUGUAACUUCUGUAGCGGUACACAAGUUUGCGCUAAAGAUCUUGAGCGCCAUCAAGAAAGGCAUCAGAAUAAAAGCUUGUCAGAACCAUUCAAGUAUAUUUGUGUGCACUGCCCUAAGCCUAUCAGUUUUUCGGAUGAAGGCCAGUUCAUUAAUCAUCUUGCUCAUGUACAUAAUGCUCCAAUUUACACUUUUUGUAAGUUUUGUGGACUUGGGUGCCUUAAAGGUCAAAAAGUUGUAGAACAUAUCGCUCAAGGUUUAUGUAAAAGACAAAUGGCUCCCAGCCUCAUGAAUAUUGGCUUUACCAUCGCCACGGAUUUGAAGUACGAACCUGUAAAUGUUAAUGCACAUCUAACCAGCCUAAAAGCUUGUCCCAAUAAAUUUCUAACCUUAUCAACUUGCACGCAUAGGACUUUUAUUAGGUUCGGGUCAGUUUUCACAUCCUGUCCGGACGAAACUGGUGGAAAAUGUUAUGGAAUUGUUAAUAGCCACCGCUGGCAAACUAUGAAGGCAGCUAAAGAAUCGCAAGGCCUAAUGGAAAACCAUUAUAUUUUAAAAUGUAAAGCAUCUGACACUCGGUCAACACCUGAAAAGAGUUACCUGCAAUAUCUUAUUGACAGCUUUGAAGGACGAGAUUAUUCGGUUCCUGAAAGUAAAAAGAAUGAUUUGAAAGAAAACGGUCCGACCGUCGAUCCAGCCACUCAAAAAAAUUUACCAACGGAGAAAUGUUUCUACUGUAAUGCAAGAGUUGCAACUAAUCUUUGUGUUUAUUCUUCUAUGAAGAACACUCAGAGGCUCUGUCACCAAAUCGCCUAUCUGCCUGAUUACAAAGAGGAUAGUAUGGCCCCAACAGUAUUCUCGCAUCUUAUGAAAAAAAUCAAAUUGGCCGGGUUCAAACCAGUUGGAGAUGAACCUGUUAUCCCGUAUUGUAGAUCUCAUUUUGAAGCAUGGAUGAUCGGAAACGAUGGAGUAAUCACAAGCUUGGCUAUGAUUAAAAUUGACAAUCAAGAAAUAUUUAAAGCUUUUUGUCGCGAAAAACGAUAA